AUGUCCAAGGAUGAAGCAGGCUGCAAGCUGGCUCCAGUCUACAAGCACAAGGAACGCAAACCGAAGAAACCCCAUUAUAUUCCCCGUCCCUGGGGAAAACCCUAUAAUUACAAGUGUUUCCAGUGCCCGUUCACUUGCAUGGAGAAAUCGCAUCUUUACAACCACAUGAAGUACAGCCUCUGUAAGAAUUCCUUGUCUCUGCUAAUCGAGUCGGACUGGCCUUACAAGAAAGGUGGUCUCCUCCAUCCAGAACUCCGGCUGUUGCAAGCCACAGAGGCCUCUCGGGUUCGUGGGAGGCGGGAGGAGUCUGAGGCCUAUGACACUAUGGUGAUGGGGGCCACUAACUCCAAACAUGCAGCAGACAGAGAUGACAGAGAAGGCGGGCCUCCAGGGACAGAAGACAUGACCUCCUCAGAAAGGAUGAGUGAUGAAACCAGCCAAUUCCAAGAAGAAGAAGAGGAGGAGGAGGAAGAAGAAGAAGAGUUGUCUAGGUUCUUGCAGGAAGUGGACAGAGGUGAGAAGAAGGAGGUGAUCAAGGAGACCCCAUCUGCUGGGGAGUCUACCGAACCUGAUGUGAACACCCUGCUUUUUCAGUUUAAAAACAAGCAGGACAAGGCUUCUAAAGACCCCACGCCUGACUUCAUCAUCACGGAUGUUUUCUCCUUAAAGAAACAUGUGUCCAAAGGAAAGGAGGUGGCCUCUGUGGAGUUGGACACCAAACCAAAGCACUGCAAAGUGUCCUCCAAAUGCUCGGGAAGCAGCGGGGUCUUCAUGGAACAAUGGAAGCUAGUUGCCAACGGGCAAAGGAGAAACACCACUGGGGUUCUGACUCCGUGUGCAGAUAGUAACAUCAUCCCUUGUUACCCUCCUCCAGCUUAUGGUGACUUCCAUGAACCCCAGGGCCUCAACCUCUCUCUGCUGGGGAUCAACUACCCACUGGCUCCCAAUCUCUUCUCCUAUUUCAGUCCUUCGGUGACCAGUGGUACCACUUCGCAUUCCCACUUGGCCCAAUUUCCUUUCCUGGCUUCCACAGCCCAGCUGAUGCACCCCCAUUCAGCACAUUUCCAGCCCUUGCAGAACCCCGAGAGAUCCACUUUCCUCCCACGUUUCUACUAUCCAUUGCUCUUCGAGCAUUCCUUCACUUCAGCAGAAAGCAAGAUGGCUUCCACCAAGCCUGAGGCUCAGCAACUGCCUGUCACAGCCAUACCGGCUCCCCUCCAGGCCCAGACCUCCACAGAGCCCCCGAAAGGAGGGGUGUUGAAAGUCCCAGUGCUGAAGACAGGCCUUCCUUGGGUGAAAGGUUUCUGUGAAGAGCCUGUUCCCGAGCAAAGCCACAAAAGAUUGCUACUCCAGGAGGAAGAAAAGAAAUGGCUGGUCCAUGAAAGGGAAAGCUACUCAUUGCUGGCUGCUGGUCACCUCUGUAGGAAGUCAUCACCUGAUGCUUACCAGGGUCUCAUGGGCAUAAAAGAGGGUGCUGCUGUCCUCCCCAACAGCAUCAAGAAGGCAGAGCUCCCAGGAGCAGCUUGUUUGGACAGUGGUGGAGUCACCACAAGUAACCUGAAGAGGAAAUUUGCAAAGAGUGGCCUUGAUUUUAUAAGCUCCGAUAUGGCAACACCUGAAAAAGAGACCUACCAAGCCAGCUCUGGUUUGCAAGUUACACCCAUGCAACCUUCAAAGCCCAUGGACCACUGGCAGGUAGAACUUCAUGACAACCUCUCUGAAGGCCAGGAGAAAACUGGGAGCUCUGAUAUGAUUACAGCUUCAGACCAUCCUUUUUUAAAGCCCAGCAAUGAACAAGCCAUACCUGUUGGUCCAAGAGACCAAGAGAUGACCACAGUGCUCAUUGGGGAUUUGUCAAAAACCUUAGAAGAGUAUCAGGAAGUAGAGAAGAAACUCUCACAUUUGGCAAAAGAGGACACUCCCGCACAGAAGCAACUUAGGGACCAGUUAGUCAAAAUCCGGCAGGAACUUUUCCAUAUCCACCAGGCACUGGAGAAGACAAACAAGUUCAGUGAAGGUCCUUUGGAUCUCUCACUGAAAAGGUCAUCAAAAAGUCUGGAGAAAGGACACCAGGACAAGAAAGAGUCCAAGGUUGGCAUCCAGGGUGAGAAAGUCGAAGGCAAAGAUCUCAGUUCCACCAAUAGAUGUUUGGAGGUGUGUGAGGCUGGUCAAGAAGAGGUAUCAGAUUGUUUCCUUGAGACUCAGAACAAAACCAUUGACCUGCUAAUCAAGAUGAGCCAUUCCAAAAACCUCCGGAAUUCCUCUUCUGAGACCCACCUGGGAGCUGUAAUCAAAGCUGAAGUGCUUCCCCUCAAUGUCCCACUAGAAUUCAGGCAUGUGAUGGAACCAUAUUACAGCCAUACCACCAAAUGUGAGGCAGAUUCCAGUGUCCUGCUCUGCACAGAUGGAAGAUCUAAUGGCAACCAAGGCCCUUCGCUUUCUGUGACAGAAGAAGCCCCACUAGGGUGCCGGGCAAUUCCAUGUUCUUUGUCAUGCAAUCUGCCUAGUGAGACUGGUGAAGUGUAG